AUGGCUUUACGAAACUCCGUCUUAGACGAGAAAGACAUCGAAGCAAUCGCUUCACACCUUGACAAUGUUCCUACCAGGAACAACCAAGGACUCUCAGCUGAAGACAUGGAAUUUGUCGCCAACUUUUCAGAGGAGAAGAAGAAGAAAGUCUUGGCUAAAAUCGACUGGCGACUCAUGCCUAUGCUCGCCAUCCUCUAUCUCGUCACCUAUAUCGACAAGGCCAACAUUGGAAAUGCGAAAAUCGAGGGAAUGCUGCCGGAUCUAAAAAUGAACGGCGAACAAUAUAACAUCGCCCUGUCCAUUUACUUUAUCCCAUAUAUUCUGGCUGAGGUCCCCAGUAAUAUGCUUCUCAAUAAAUUCGCCAAGCCUUCGCAGUACAUGGCUACCAUCAUGUUCAUCUGGGGUAUCGUUGUGGUGUGCACAGGUCUGAUCCACAACUUUGGCCAGCUUUGCGCGAUCCGCAUUCUACUUGGUCUAUUUGAGGCUGGCUUCUUCCCCGGUGCGAUCCUCAUCAUUUCGAAAUGGUAUCUACCCCACGAGACACAAACCCGAGUCGCGAUUCUAUAUACCUCAGCAGCUACUGGAGGCGCUUUUUCUGGUCUAUUUGCAUAUGCUAUUGCAAAGAUGGACGGAGUCGCAGGCAUGGGCGGCUGGCGAUGGAUAUUCUUUAUUGAAGGUAUCUUUACCAUCGUCAUGUCCUUUGUCACAUACUUCCUCCUCAUCGACUCACCAAGCCUGUCAUACUGGCUCACCGACGAAGAGAAGCGUUAUCUCCUUCUUCGACAAGCAUCUAGGAGAGUCACCAACUCUGGAGAGUACCGCGAAAAGACCUUCGACAAGGGCGCUUUGGUCUCUGUGCUCAAGGAUUGGAAGGUUUACCUCCUUACUAUCAUGUCCUGGUCCAACGCCGCACCAAACUACGGUCUCAAGUUUAGCAUGCCUUCCAUUGUCAAGGGAAUGGGAUAUACUUCGUCCAAUGCUCAGCUGAUGACCAUCCCGCCUUACUUCUGCGGAGCCAUCUCGUCGUACGUCAUUGCCAGGUUCGCAGAUCGCUGCAAGUGGAGAAUGCCAUUCAUCAUCGGUCCCCAACUCUGCAUCAUUGUCGCUUUCUCGAUCCUAAUGACAAAGGCUGAAUUUAUUGUUGAAAACCUUGGCGUCUGUUAUUUCGCAGUCUGCCUCGCUUGCUCCGGGAUGUAUCCCAUUCUGCCUGGCGUAAGUGCUUGGAAUAUCGACAACAACCUCAACCCCACCAAACGAGCAAUCAGCAUUGGUUACCUAACCUGCGCGGGUACGAUUGGUGGAAUUUACGGAAGCUACAUCUAUAUCGAGAGCGAAAAGCCCAAAUAUACCACAGGAUACGGUGCUUCGUUGGGAUUCGCCGUCGCUGGUAUUUUGGCCGCUGCCUCACUCGAAGCUGCUCUUGUCAUGAUUAAUAAGAAACGGGGUAAGAUGAGUGAGAGUGAGAUUCGGAGCAAGUAUACCGAGGAUGAGCUUGAGGCUAUGGGUGAUGCCAGUCCUUUGUAUCGAUAUAAGCUAUAA